AUGACCACCAUCGAGUCUAUAAGGCUGCGACCAGCCGAGCUAACACCGACAUCGACACCCCUAUCCAUCCUCGAUGCGACAGUCGCCCGCUUUUCUCCAACAGGAGCAAUUUGGAUUUUCGACCAACCGGCAGAGUUAGAUCGGAAGACCUUGAUCGACCAUUUACGAACUUCCUUCAUUGAAACCCUAUCAAAAUUCCCUCAAUGGGCAGGCCAACUCCAAUGGGCACCCGUGAGACCCAAAGGAAACCACACAGAGCGUUUCAAUCGUCCAUUGAUUGUAUACGGAACAGACACCGACCCAGGUGUCGAAUGGACAGUAAUCGAACAUCCCUUCCGAGCAGAUGAAAUUGUCCCCACAGCCGAGGAACGGGUUUCAUCAACCGCCGGUUCUCAGCCCGGAGCAUGGGAAGGCGAUGCCUUCGACCAAAGACUCUUCAUAUCAUCCAAUCCAUUGGCAUUGGCCAAUCUGCGCGACUACGUCGGUCUACCAGGGAUGCAAGUCCAAAUCAGCCUUCUCCAGGGGGGCUACGUCAUCGGAAUCAAGCUAGCGCACUGUCUAGCAGACGCACAGACGCUAAUGGUAUUCAUGCAUCUAUGGGCGCACAACAGCGAAAAGCAAUUCGGAAACCAGUCUGAGGCCCCGCUAAGAGGCGAGCCUGUAUUCGAUCCCCCCUCGCUGGACAGCUGCGCCGCGGGCGAUAUCGAUAGUCCCGAGCCAGACCAAACCCUCGUAAACAUCGCGCGCAAAUUGCCUUUGCAUCGGUAUAGCUGGUGGGAUACCGCCGCCGAGGGCUACCCACCAUUCCUCAUACCAACGACGGAGAACUCCAGACCGCCGCCCGGAGAAUUCGACCGAGUCUCACCCUCAGAACCAGCGGCCUGGCUUUCAUGGGAUUUCUCCAAGAAAGUUAGAUAUGUACAGUUGCAUUUCACAGGCACAGAGCUAAGCAAAUUCAAAGCCGCAGCCCUCGAUACAGGGAGUCGAUGUGAUAUCUCAAGACUAGAUGCUCUUCUAGCACACCUGUGGAUAGCUAUUAUGCGAGCGCGCGGACAGGCCGACUCUUCGAGACCCGUAUAUAUGGAUUUUAGUCUCGGUGCAAGAGCGCGUGUUUCGCCCGCUCUUCCUGAUACGUUCAUCGGAUCCCCGCUCUUCCUGACUCAUGUUGGUGGAACCGCUUCCUCGGUAUGUCGGGAAAGAUUAGGCGAAACGGCGAGUCGGAUCCGAGAGACGAUGAAGGGGUUUACGGCUGGUGCUGUGGGUGCGAUGUUGCAUGAUGCUGCGCACGAGGUAUCGCCGCAGCGGCUGUGGCAGGCGUUCUUGGGGUCUGAGCAUACGCUUGUUACGUCGUGGCUGCGACUGCAGUUGUAUGAUAUUGACUUUGUGGGUGGGAAUAAGCCACGUUAUGUACACGCUGUUAUGCCGAAGAUGGAUGGUUGUCUUCAGGUGAUGGAUAGCGCGGUUGGCGAUGGCGGCAUGGAUGUUGCGCUUUACCUGGAUGAGGUGGCUAUGGGGCGAUUGCUCGAUGGUGCUCUUGGGCUUGAAUUGUGA